GAAAAACAUCUACUCGGCUAUCAGUAUUCACUAGUUCCCAAUGCUAGUUCCUUAGCGAAAUCUUAUCAACAAAUACGAUUGCUUCUCCAACAAGAAAUGUAAGUGAGCAAGUGCGAUAGCAGUAUUUAUAAGAUAAAACAAAAAAAAAGUUAUUUUUACACGCCGUGAAUUUGAUGGUUGGAACUAUUUAAAUAAACUUUUGUUAGGUUAAGCAUUUUUUUUCACUUAGCAGGUCUCAGAAACAAACUGGAAAUACGAGGAACUGCAAGAAGAAUCUACCACGGAGUCAAGCCACGGAUUCUCUUCUAUAACAGUAGGUGAAUCGUUAUUUAAAUAGACACUCGCAAUGCAAGCCUCGCUUACCUCACUUCACUACGAGAAAGGUGGUUGCCCGAUCUUCGGUAGUAAUGUGUCAGCGAGAGUGUAAGUCCAUCUUUGAUAGCGGCUGAUCCCUCUAUCGGGCGAGACGUCCGAGAUUACCUCGCCCGGGUGUUGUCAUGUAGAGACAGAUGAAAUCGCUACCAACCGUCGUCGUAGAAGCUAGCAGCAAUAGGAACAAGCAUGAGUCAGGGUUUUGGCUGCGUCGUUCUAGCAGCGAUGUCAGUCUUCCAACUCGCAAUGGCCAGUGGUGCCGAUGUUCAGAUGCCACAGCGCACUUCGCUGUCGAAUAUUCCAUUCGUCAAAGGACCAAGAAUAGUUGGAGGACAACGAGCUCACCAAGGACAGUUCCCGUAUCAGGUGUCGCUGAGGCGAAAUGGCUACCACGCGUGUGGCGGUGCCAUCAUCAGCAGCACGAUGGUGCUCACAGCUGCUCACUGCGUUGCCGGCUGUCCGUCCCCCUGAGUCUCGGCAGGAACCACGUGGACCGCGUCCAGCUCGCCAUUCGCGAGAUGCCCGCCGGAACCUCGUGCACCGUGUCCGGCUGGGGCGCCACUGAGGAGAGCAACACUUGGCUUCCCGACAUCUUGAAUUACGUCAAUGUGCCAACUAUAUCGCUCACUGAUUGUGCCCGUUUUUUCGCCAUGAACUCCGCCUUGAUUUGCGCUGGAGACGUUGAAGUUGGUGGCAUCGACGCCUGCCAGGGAGACAGCGGCGGCCCGAUGGUCUGUUCCGGACUGCUGAUUGGAGUGGUGUCUUACGGAAGAGGGUGCGGCAAGCCUCGCAGUCCAGGUGUCUAUUCAUCUGUGCCGUAUUACAGUUCGUGGAUAAAUGCAGUACUUUCAUCGUCAAACACUCUCUUAGUAACACCCUUACUACCCUUCCUGCCACUUGCUAUGAAUGUUAUCAGUGCAGCAUUUCCUUGAGGCUUUAAAAGAGCAGAUUUACUGCAAAUUAUCUGUAUUUUGUAAAACAAAAAUCCUGUUUUGUAAAUUUAAAUUAUUUCAGUUAACAACUAUAAAAUUAUAAUAAAUUAAUAAUUAAUGUAACACCCAUCCAGUAGACAGUACAUUUUGUUUAUACUUUGUUACAAUACAUAUUUAACCUUUGUUUGUAUUUUGGUAACAAUUGAAGGGGACAAGUAUUGCAUCUUGUUUUCAAUUAAAGUAUUUCAACUACGUA